GCGCGCGCUCGCUCGCUCGCUCGCGUCAGUUAGAGCAGUUGACUUACAGCGGGGCUGUGAGGAGAAACUGACGCGACCUUCUUACUUGUUCGUCUCUAAACAAUUCGUUUCAAAGGCUUUAAACUAUAAACUUUUCUUUCUUACUCAUUCGAUAGUAGUGUCAAUAGCUCGUGUUAAGGUUUUCGACCCUAGACGGGUUGAAGUUUUAAGAGUUUUUUAAAGGCUGGGCCUUUUUUCAGCUUCGGUUUGGAGACUUUUUUCCGUUGUUUUUUUCCUCGUCGGUUUGAUAAAUGCUAUUUACUAAGAUGGACCUGUUGAACUACCAGUACUUGGACAAAAUGAACAACAACAUUGGCAUUUUAUGCUACGACGGCGAGGCAGCGCUGCGCGGCGAGUCCAGGAUGCAGCCCAUGUCUUCCACAGUCAACCACAGGACUGCUCCUCCUCCCAUCAGCCCCAGCAAGAGGAAACACAGCCUUGAACUGAACGAUGGCAGCAUGGAACCCAACAACGAUCAUGUGGCCAAGAUGAGUCGCCUGUUUGCUACACACCUAGGAAAACCCACAAAUGGUGAUUACCGCAGGGAGCCUCGCGAACGGAGCCGCAGCCCCAUCGAGCGCCUGCACGCUGCCCACCUUUACACACACAUGCCCAACCUCGCCAUGGAGCAGCCGCUUGCGCUAACCAAAAACAGCACUAAGAUCCCCAACUCACCGAGCGCCAGCCCCAUCGAGCGCCAGCAGAAUCGUCCCUCUGUGAUCACGUGCGCCCCUGCGAACAACCGUAACUGUAACCUCUCUCACUGCACUGUGUCUCACAACGGCUGCUUGCCUUCAAACUACAGGAGACCUUCUAACUCAAACGCAGCGUGUGACCCUGUGAUCGAGGAGCAUUUCCGUCGCAGUCUGGGGAAAAACUACAGAGAGCCAGAGCCAGUCACCAACUCCGUGUCCAUCACCGGAUCGGUGGAUGAUCACUUCACCAAGGCUCUGGGAGAGACCUGGCUCCAAAUCAAAGCUAAAGGAGGCUCUACCGGAAGCCCCGACUCCUCACCUAACACUCACAUGGUCAACAUCAAUCACUCGCCAUCCCUAGUUUCCUGAAACAGAGGACCAGCUGUGCAUCUCGCUCUCCUUCCAAUUCGCUUCACUCUCAAGGCGACUGUGCAUGAUUCAGCUCCUUUUCCGGCAGCGCUAGCAUAUUAGCCAUGUACAUAAACUGACAUUUCCUUUUGUUACAUUUUCUUUCUUUCUUCUUUUCUUUCUUUCUUUCAUAUAUUUAGCUUGGAGGCCCAGAACAAAAGAAUUAAUAAGCAGGAUAUGAUUUUGGUUUAGAGGACAGUCAGCUAGCAUCCUAACCACCUGCCUCAGAUACCAAAGAAACCUCUGAUGCAAACUCUUGGCCCAGUUUUAUUUCUUCACACUUGGCACCACACUUCUGUCUUCUCUCCGGUUGUCUUGCACCACACUGUAUAUCUGUUCCAUCCUCUUAGCUUGUUGGAGUCUAACGUAGACAAACAUCUUCUUAAGGGUUAUCUCUGAAAGUAGACUUGUAAAAGGAGGCGAGAAUUGAAAAUUGUGUUUUAAUCCAAGUGACCGAAUGCAGUUCGGCAUAGAAAAGUUUUUCAUUUGUUUUUCCCCCUUUCCGAGACAGAGGUGAUAAUCCUGAGAAGAGGUUGGUUUUAGUGAAACUCCCCCAGCUCACCUUUUCCAUACUGCCCUGAUUUCAUAUGGGGAUCUGUGACAGAAAUUCUUUUGCACUAUAACGGCCAUAAAUUAAUUGUUGGAGACUCGUUUCUUGGCCAAAAUGUUAAACGACUGCUGACGCAGUGGUGGGUGAUAUUUGUUUGACGUCAUUAAUUAGAGCUAUGUUUGGGGGACGGCGGAGUCUUGAUUAUUUUCGUCUCUUUUUUAAGUGGGUGCUGACAACUGGACUGUGUCGAGUUAACUCGUGGGCAUUUUCUUCCCCAAGCACUGUGGUUUCAGUAGAGUAGCUAAGGUUUUGUGGGUAAACUAUUGCUUAACGGUGCAUGAGUUAUGUGUUAUUUUUAAAUAGCUGGUAUCUAUUAUUUUGUAGACAUUUCAUUCGUAAUAUUAGUAGCUUUUUCCUCAGAUUGUAGUUUAUUUUUCAGUAACAAUCCUAGAUAAACUUACUGCUGGUACAGUUGUACUCCAUAUUAUUAUUUUUUAUUCAAUAUACAUUUUGCUAAAAGCAGAUACAGAGGACAGCCUCCGGACAGGCCAUCUAUAUAUUAACAGUGGAUGUUUAUGAUAUUAAUCGGUGGUACAGGAUGCUGUUAGCGUUUGUUUUUUUGUUUUUUUGGCGUGACUGAAACAUUCGCGGCUACAUAAAGGUCAGCUGAGAGUUGACAAUCUGCUGAAAAAUAUCGAGAGCAUUGUUUUGUUUUGUUUUGUUUUUCUGUAAAGUUUUGGCUGCAUCUGUUAGUCUGUAUUUUUUUUUACAUUGUUUAUUUAAACACCAAGCCUGUACCAAGGUGAAAGACAUUCCUCCCAUAGGGAACUUAGUACAGGUUUUGCUUUCAGCUCUCAUUUUCUCUCAGCAAAGCUAUUAAUCAGUAUAAAGUUGAUGCACAGGCUGAGGCGUCGCUCAUCUUAAGCUUGUCCUUACAUUCCGUCAGAUCCCAGCAAAUCCAUUCGACGUCAACAGAUUUCGGAGAGCUUGCUGCCAGACUGGCGUCUUUACUGAUCUCUAAACAUCACUUUUAUUAAAGAACUCUACAGAGAAGUCUGUUUCACCUUUUACAUAUGUGAGAACACGAUCAUUCGCUGCAUCGGGCCAUCGCCGUGUCCUCCUUGUGCAGGGACAGCGAAGAGGGAAAGACACCAAGUGUACUGAGGUCAAUAUCCACACAUUUCACUACCAUUUUACUAGGUAGGAAACUCACUUUCUCUUCUUGACACACAUUUACCUUACACACUCUAGGUAAAUCACAUAAAAACAAACAAAUUAUAUAGGCAACUAUAAGACCAUCGUUACGCUGUGCGUAAUGAAUGUACAGAGAAAAAAAAUCGUAGGUAUUUUUUGAGGAACAAUUAAUUUGUUAAUGAUAUGUAGCUAUUUAAUUUGUUUUCCCUGUCCGUUAUUGUAAUCAUGGUUUUUUUUUUUAAGAAAAAAGUUGAUCUUUUUCAUUUGUAGACUUAUCUGUUAAAGGUUUAAAGUGCAGGAACACAGUUAUUGUAUGAAAACACUGCGUUAUAGCCACUUGUGUAUUAUUUUCUGAAGGCUAUUGAGCAGUCUCGACCUAGUGUCGAACACAGGCUUUUUUAGCCGUCUCUGGAGGUAAGCAAACAAAAAUCACUAAUCAUUAAAAUGAAAUUCAUGCUAUUGUCAGCUUUAACCCAAACGGUGUCCAAAUUGAUAUCUGAAAUUGCUCCUUGAGUUUUGCACUGGAGCUAUGAGACUAACGCUAGUUAAAAAAAAGGGGGGGGGAGCUACUGGGCUCUGGUUUAGCACCAAAACUCCAAUAAGAGUGAUUUUCAAAUUUCCACUGUGAAGGAAGUAUUGUAAGUUAAAAGUGAUGCUGGUUUGUGUUUCAAUCAGUUUUAUUGCAUUCUGCAUGCAGGCUUAUUGGAAACUGUUUCUGUUUAAGCGGCGUUACUGAGCCACGUCUCUUGAAGUCAGUAUCUGAUGAUUGACACGCAGUGCAUACGAUGCUAAACUGGUGGCUAAAUGCUUCCUUUGUGUUGGCUGUAUUAGUCUUGUAGCUCCGGUGUAAAAAUAAAUUUAUGACAAUAGUCAUGUCAUGGUUGAUUUUGGGAUUCAGAGGAAUUGAAAUGUUGGGUUCACUGUAAUAGGGACUCCACUCUGACUUUACUGUUUGUGUUUAACUGCCAUUAAAACCGCAAAUCUGAGGAAGAUCAUGUGCGCUUCCAAAGGAAUAAACACUAGAAAUGAACAUUUGAGCUUUCACUGCUAGUGUAUUUCUGAAUGGUCUGUAAAUCUGUAUUAUAAUCUCAUUUUGUGGCCUUGUUUCUCUUUUGAAUAAACCAAUUGGCAGGCCAUUGUUUUGUACUUAAAGUAGCCUUGAUGAACAAUAAAGAGCUCUUAAACUACA